GUGUGCUAACUGUCGUGAAAGCACAUCGACGGAGAAAGAAGUGUGCAGGACGCUAAUAAGCCAGUCUUAUUAUUUGUUAUCCAGUUUGAAAUAUUUACGGCGUAUACAAUACACAUUUGAUUCAUUAUGUAAGAAUAACGUUGCCUCCAUGCGCUAGAAGCACUGUGCCGCUUCUCCUGCUAUCUUGUUAGUUAGCUUAGCUCGCUAGUUAGCUUAGCUUGUUAGCUGCUAACAAAGAGACGCGGACGUUAUCAACACAUCGCUAAGUAGAGAUCAAAUGUGAGUGUAAAGUGUUGUGAUUGUGUGAAAAUGUGCGAAAGAACGAUAGCAAAGUAUGAGGAGGAACUUUGUCCAACAAAAGAGGAGAAGGAGCGACAACAUCAACUACAGGACGCUGUUUUCAAGGAGCCUCAAAUUGUGUUACACAGAACAGACGUUGAAGAAGAAUCUCUACCCCAUGAGCAGGAGGAGGAACCACAGUCCCCCCACAUACAUGAGGAAGAAGAGGUACCACAUUCCCAACACAUUAAAGAGGGAGGAGAGGAGCCACAGCCCCCCCACAUUAAAGAGGAAGACGAGACGCCACAGACCCAUAGUGUUAACCUCACCCUUCACAAGAAAGGGCAAGCGGAGGACCCACUGAUCUUACGCAUCAAAAAUGAAGAGGAGGACCCACUGACCUUACACAUCAAAAAUGAAGAGGAGGACCCACUGACCCCUCACUUUAAAGAGCAAGAGAAACCAAUGCCCCCUUACAUUAAAAAGGAAGAGGAGGACCCACUGACCCCCUACUUUAAAGAGGUAGAGGAGGACCAAAAGCCACCGUGCAUUAAAGAGGAAGAGGAGGAACACAGCAUCAGUCAGCCUAAAUGGUUGGAGGAGUUCCCAGUGACUGGUGUCCCUGUGAAGAGUGAAGAUGAUGAGGUCAAAGGUGAAAGUGAGGAGAAGAGAGAGGCGGAGCCUCCAAGCAGCAGCUCAACACAACACAUGACAACAGAAGCUGAUGGAGACCACUGUGGAGGAUCACAAGCAGACAAGCUCUUAGCUCCACUAUCAGAUAGUGAGGACACAACGUCACACUCUCCUGACACUGAUGAUGAACACGCUAAAGAUGAUAAGACAUGUCACACUGACAACACCCGCUUGAAAUGUUCUCACUGUGACAAAACUUUUAAAUACCAUUGUCAUUUGAAAAGACACAUGAGAAGACACACUGGAGAAAAACCUUUUACCUGCUCAGUAUGUGAUAAAGGUUUUGUAUUUAGCCAUAAUUUGAAAUUACAUAUGCGAACUCACACCGGAGAAAAACCUUUUAUCUGUUCAAGCUGUGGUAAAGGUUUUGCCCAAAGUUCAAGUAUGGAAAAACACAGAAGAAUACACACCGGAGAAAAACCUUUUAUAUGUUCAAUCUGUAGUAAAGGUUUUGUACAAGGUCACCAUUUGAAAGUGCACAUGAGAACACACACUGGUGAAAAACCUUUUAUCUGUUCAACCUGUGGUAAAGGUUUUAGAGAAAAUCAAUGUUUGACCAGACACACAAGAACACACACUGGUGAAAAACCUUUUUCUUGUUCAACCUGUGGUAAAGACUUUACACAAAGUCGAUGGUUGAAAGUACACACACGAACACACACUGGUGAAAAACCUUUUUCUUGUUCAAUCUGCGGUAAAGCUUUUACAGAAAGUCAACAUUUGAAAAGACACAAGAGAAGACACACUGGUGAAAAAUCACAUUCCUGUUCAAUCUGCAACAGAAGCUUUUGUGACCGAUCAAACUUUGUAGCACACAUGAGAACACAUACUGGAGAGAAAUCACAUUCCUGUUCAAUCUGCAACAAAAGCUUUUGUGAACGAUCAAACCUUGUCAGACACAUGAGAACACACCCAGGAGAGAAAGUGUUUAGUUGCAGUGUGUGUGGUGAAAGAUUCUCUCAUAAGUACCAGUGUAAGAAACACAAGUGUGCUGGUGAGAAAAGCAGCAGCAAAUGAAACUGCAGGAUUUGAAAUAAACUGUCAAGACUUUAAUUUUGACUUUCUAACAACAUCAGCACAUAUAACAUGUGUGACAUUGUUGUUUGUGUAACAAUCUUUUUAAUAUGCUUCUACAUUGAUAGAUUACCGUAUUUUUCUCAUUAUAAAUCGCUCUGGAGUAUAAAUCGCGCCAGCCGAAAAUGCAUAAUAAAGAAGGAAAAAAAACAUAUAUAAGUCGCACUGGAGUAUACGUCGCAUUUUUGGGGGAAAUUUAUUUGAUAAAAUCCAACGCCACGAAUAGACAUUUGAAAGGCAAUUUAAAAUAAAUAAAGAAUAGUGAACAACAGGCUGCAUAAGUACGUUAUAUGACGCAUAAAUAGCGAACUGAGAACAUGCCUGGUAUGUUAACGUAACAUAUUAUGGUAAGAGUCAUAUAAAUAACUAUAACAUAUAGCACAUGCUAUACGUUUACCAAACAAUCUGUCACCCCUAAUCUCUAAAUCCGAUAAAAUGUUCUUCCUCGGUGUCGCUUCUAAACAACUCUGCCAACUCCAAAGGUAGACAAUGCGCCGCUUCCUCUUCUAUCGGUACGUCGCUUACGUCAGAGUCAUCGUCAGUUGCCGUUCAAAUUAUUCUGAUAUACGCCUAGUCUCUUACGUGAAUGAGAUAAAUAAUAUUAUUUGAUAUUUUACGGUAAUGUGUUAAUAAUUUCACACAUAAAUCGCUCCAGAGUAUAAAGCGCACCCCCGGCCAAACUAUGAAAAUAAACUGCUAUUUAUAAUCUGAAAAAUACGGUAGAUAUUUUAUAUUAGUGCUUUUUUCAGUCAAGUACAUGCAAUAAUAUGCAACAUUGUGUACUUUUAUUAAACAUUGUACAGAACAAUUUGACUGAAAAGGUGAGAGUAAACACUACAAUACAUAUUUUACAUACAAUAAACAUUUUAUCUGUAUAUACAGUAUAUUCAUAAUACCAUGUUAGAUGUAUUUAUAAUGUUGUUUUCUAUAGGUGUUUGAAAUAUUGAAGUAUUGCAUAGUUGUAAUUGUUAAUGAUCCCAUAGAUUAGCACCUUUAUAUGAUAUACAUAUGUACUGGUUCACAUCUGAAACAUCUUCUGGACCACUUCAGGAAGCAUAUUAUUAUUUACUUCAUAGAUCAUUUGAACAGUUGUCUUGUAUACAAUUUUAAAAUAUAUGAUUUUAUGAAUCAUUUGUUGGGUCUCUAUAAUCCAUUUUAUUAAUUGUCUUUAUUAUUCUAUUUUGUAACAUGAUGAUUGUGUUGUGAUUGUUUUAUAUGUAUGUCCCCAGACCUUUAUGCAAUAUAAAAGUGAGAGAAAAUGGCUCAAUUGUUUGUGGAAGGAUGGUUUUGUUUUUACAAACAUACAUUUGUGGAUACAAAAAAAAUCCCCAUUAUUGUGUUUUGAAAAUUUUUUACGUUUUUUUUUUUCUUUUUUAACAUCCCCAAAACUAUAUCAAUAUCAAUCAAAGUUAGAAGUGUCAGGGAAAAGCCAAUAUUGUACAUCAUCCCACAGAGAUUUACUUUACUUCAUAAAAUAAAUAGUUUAUGUUGUUUCCCUAUCACAGAAUGAACAAGUGUCAUCAAUUGCAAAACAUCUUAAAAAUGAUUUUAAGUGGGCUUUUUAACUAAAAUAAACUCCUUUGCGUUUGGAAGAAUGGAAACUUUCAAGUUAUGAGUAUUUUUUUUGUUCCAGAGAAAAUACAGUAAAGAAUUUAAAAAAAAUUAUAUACUGUAAUUCAAAUAUUUUGAAUGAAAACCUUUUUAAUUUUUGCAAUUAUCUU